AUGGAGAGUUUAUCUAAAAUGUGGAAGCAACUUCAAAAGAUGUUCGCUAACGAAGAGGACUCGCGUCUUAAUAAUCUAGAUGAAACGUUUACCAGUUUCUGUAGAACUCCAUUACACAUAGCAGUUAUUUCCAGUGACAUCAAAUUUGCAACAAAUAUUCUAUUAAAGAAACCUGAUCUUGCACUGAAAGUAGACACACAAGGAUUUACUCCGCUUCACCUUGCCUCUGUGAGAACCAGUACUCAAAUGGUGAGAUUGUUGCUGAAGGCCAGACCUGGUGCUUGUAUAGUUCAAGAUCAAGAUGGGAGAACACCUCUACAUCUAGCAGCUAUGAAGAACCGAGUGAAAAUCAUGAAAGUAUUAAUGGAAGAAGGACUACCCGAAGCAAUUCACUUGAAGAAUGAUCAAAAUGAUGAGACCAUACUACAUUUUUGUGUAAAGACUAACACUAACCUGAAGACUCUUAAACUAUUGGCAGAUUACUUGGUGCCUGCACAACCUCCACACCCAGAUUCUAUAUCUAUCAACUCCACGGACAACAAUGACAACACAAUCUUGCACCUUGCUGCGGAAAUGGGGAAUAUGAAGGUAUACUGUGUUGGUUAA